GAAUUUUUUUAGUUGUUAAUCUUGAGUUGGCAACAACGCCAAGUGUUCUUUGAUAGAUAACAGUGAACCUUGUUCAAUAUGAGACAUGACAGGACGUGGUGUGUGCGACAGGCCCCACUUCCCUCUCGACAGUGUUGAGAGUGAGAGAGAGAAAGACAGAAAUGGCGACCUCGGUGACUAUCUUGGUGAUGGGUGUGAUCCACCUCCUGCUGGUGUUUGAUAGUGGAUUGAUACAAGCGGCAAAUGUAAGUAGUUCCGAAACAACGCUGACAUCAUCUACGGCAAAAACAACUUCAACCCACCUGUCAACAUCAUCUUCAGUCAAAGGGACACUGUCCUCAACAACAUCGGCAUCACCAACAACAGCAAGUUCAACCCAACCGUCAGCAUCGACUCCAACCAAAGGGGCUACGCCACCAACAAUAAAAACUGCAACAAUCCCAUCUCCUGGAGCAUCUGCGUCUAACACCACUUCAGUCACAUCAACAGACAACAGCAGUAGCGUAUCCCUAACAACAGGCAACAGCAGUAGCGUAUCACUAACAACAGACAACAGCAGUAGCGUAUCCCUAACAACAAACAACGGCAGCGUAACGACGGAGACAUCGGCCACCACACCGACUACACCGACUAAAACACAUACAACCACCCCUCUACCUCCGACGGUAGUGACGCCAUCUGCCUUAGCCCAGUCUGAGAAGGACAAGCAACUUGCGUAUUCCAUCGUGAUUUUAAUAGCAGUGUCUGUGAUUAUUAUAGGACUAGUGGCCGGGCUCACUGUGGUGUUAAAUAACCGUCGGCUGGCUAAACACAAAAAACCAAAGGAUGGCGGUAUUGAAGAAAUACAUAGCAGUAUUGAAGAAGGGGACCAGGGACAAGUGAACAGUGCAUAUACUCCUGACAUUGAGAUGCAAAACCUGACCUAAACUUCGGUUCCUAGCAAAGGUACCUAUUUUGACUUUACGUAAAGCUUUCUGAUUCUGACACUCUUCAUUUGACAAAAACAGUGGAACCUCGUUUAACAGUUUAAUGAUUAACAAGUGUCUGGAUUAGCGAAUCGUGGGUAUACACAGUAAAGUCCCAUAUAGACGUUCAAACAGUGAACGAAAGCUGGCGGUGUUUCCAGAUUAUUUAGUUCAAAGUAGUCACGUUUCACUGUAUAUAGAUAAUAUCACCCCAGUGUUUUGAUAUCAAAUAUAUCAACACUUGACAAGCCUCGGAGUUUUACAAGACGCACGUGUCAGAUUCUAUUUAUCAUCCAAAGUUAUUCCUCCAACUUUUUACAGUUUAUCAACAGUAACAGCCAGUGUGUCCUCGAGGUAAAAAGUACAGCCAACCAGCUCGAGGUAUCAGUGACGUCAUUUGAUUAUGAUGUCAUCACAAGUGGUAUGCAAAGCAUAUUGUUGUGCAAUUUCAUUGUGGCGAUGUCCCCAAGGAUCAAUGGAGUUACGAUUGUCUUAGCGCUUUGACUAUCGUCCACUUUAAAGUACGGGAGUUAUAAGAUCGUCUUAGCACUAAGAUCGCUUUGUGCAAGUGGACCCAGUGUAUUACUAUUGUGGAUGACUGGGGAUUUGCGUGUCUUUUAAACUCAGUCUACAUAUAUGUAUAUAUGGAGAGAGAGAGAUAGAUAGAUAAAAUAUAUAUGUUGGACAUGAAAAUACGACUUUUGUCUUUCGAUUCUGGUGUUGAUUUCCUUUGGCUUUUUUGGGUUAAACUCGACGAUGUUUUCCUGUUUUAUAAAACCCUUUAUUCUUACAAUUUAGGUAUACAGUAUGCAAAUUAGAUUAUGAAAAUGCUCAGUCUCAUUGAAAUCACAUCUUAGUUCUCGCUAUUGCUAAACAAAGCUUUGUUUACCGUUUGGAAACGAGGUACAGUCAGUCUUGAAUUAUAUUUAUAUGAUGGACAAAGAAUGUAAAGAAUAUAUAAUCUACUUGUAUGAACACUGUUUAUCACCUUGUAUGUAUGGCCGUUGGUGCCAAAACUGAAAUAGUUGACAAAAUUCGUAUUUGGACAGGAUACGGUUUUCAUUGAAAAAUUCUAAAUGUGUGUGAAAGGUCAAUGUUAAUAAACCGCACGGAUACAUUCAAUUAA